AUGGCGGCCGGGUCGGCUUCACCCCGCUGCGCUGCCGGCCCUCAUGCAGGCCCCGCCCUCCUGGCUCUGCGCGCGCUGAUUGGUCGAGAGGUGCCGGGGCGGGCUGCGAUUGGACGAGGCGGGGCCGGGCCUGAGGCCGCGGUGAGGGCGGCAAUGGACGGGUCGCUGUCGCUGUCCCUGGACGCGGCCGCGCUGGAGGUGAUGGAGGCGCUGGAGCUGCUGCAGCAGCGGCGGGAGCAGCUGGAGCAGCACCUGCGGCAGGGGUGGCUGUCCCUGGCUCAGGCCCGUUACUCCCUGGGCUGUCACCGCGUCUCGUCCCUGCAGUACGGGGCCACCAUGGUGCCCCGAGUCCGUGUGUGCCACAGGCAGGACCCAGAGGGACGCCCCCACUUUGAGGAGGUGCCUGGAACAGGGGGGGACCCCGAGGACCCCGACCCCCAGCAGCAGGGGGGGGGUGACGGGCUGCGGCAGCGCCGGGGAGCCCCUGAAAAAGGGGGGACCCCCAGCCGGCCCCCCCCAGACCCCCUGGGCUGGUUUGGGGUCCUGGUGCCCCCCAGUCUGCGGCAGGCCCAGGGCAGCUUCCAGAGGGGGGUGACGCUGGCUGUGGAGGUGGCCGAGCUCCAGGCCACCGUGGAAGCUGCGGCCGCCCGGUACCGGCAACUCCUGCGGCAGAAACGUCACCUGGCCGGGGACAGCGGGGACAGCGGGGACAGCCAGAGCCCCACGGGAACCCCUGGGGACAGCAAGGACACCGAGGGUGACACAGUGACCUCGGUGACUGCGUGAAUGGACACCGAGAACGACGAGGACGCGUCUGCAGGUGACACAGCUGCCACCAGCGACACGGAGGACAUUGCAGGUGACACUGAGCCCUUCAUGUGACUAAGAGGGGUCCCUCCGUGUCCCCACCUCCAAUAAAGCCACCCUGGUGCCACCACAGGGUCAUUUGUCA